AUGCGGAUCUCGUGGCUCCUGCUUCUCUCUGGAGUCUGCACGGGGAUGGCGAGCUCACAAGACACCUGCAAGCAGGGACACCCUGGCGUCCCCGGGAACCCUGGUCACAAUGGACUGCCUGGGAGAGAUGGACGAGACGGGGCAAAGGGCGACAAGGGGGAUGCAGGAGAACCAGGGCGUCCUGGUGGCCCUGGGAAGGACGGGAUGACCGGUGACAAAGGAGAACCAGGUGCAGAUGGACAUGUGGAAGCGAAGGGUGUCAAAGGUGACCAGGGCUCAAGAGGACCCCCAGGGAAGCACGGGCCGAAGGGACUCGUGGGCCCCCCGGGGGAGAAGGGCCUCAUGGGGGAGACGGGCCCUCACGGGCAGAAGGGGGAGAAGGGCGACGUGGGGCCCAUGGGUCCAGAGGGGCCUGAGGGCAACACCGGACCUUCGGGCCCAACCGGACUGCCCGGGCCCACGGGCCCCAUUGGAAAGCCAGGUCCCAAGGGAGACGCUGGCCCCCUGGGGCCCCAGGGCGAGCCUGGAGUCCGCGGCCUGAGAGGCUGGAAAGGGGAGCGAGGAGAAAAGGGGAAAAUCGGCGAGACGCCCGCCUUGCCCAAAAGCGCCUUCACGGUGGGGCUCACGGUGCUGAGCAAGUUCCCUCCGUCAGACACGCCCAUCAAAUUUGACAGGAUCCUGUACAACGAGUUUGGCCACUACGACGUGGCCACGGGCAAGUUCACCUGUCACGUGGCCGGCGUCUAUUACUUCACCUACCACGUCACGGUCUUCUCCAGGAACGUCCAGGUGUCUCUGGUCAAAAACGGGGCCAAAGUCCUGCACACCAAGGAUGGUUACACAGGCUCCGAGGACCAGGCCUCGGGCGGCAUCGUCCUGCCCCUGAAGCUCGGGGACGAGGUGUGGCUGCAGGUGACCGGAGGGGAGAGGUUCAACGGCUUGUUCGCUGACGAGGACGACGACACGACAUUCACGGGCUUCCUGCUUUUCAGCAGUUCCUGA